ACGGACCAAUCCCGUGCGCCGGUGAGCUCCCGUGCCCCUCCCCCCUCCUCCGCAGCUCCGCCGCCUUCCCCCAGCUGCUGCGAGCGGACAGUACAUUCCUCACACUUCGGCCGUCUACAGCUCAGGAACGGGACACUGAAACGAAACCAGCCGAAGACUCGACGGAUUCAUACCUCCCAUGACACUUCCCAAGGGCACGUAAGGCCAAUGUUGGGUCGAGGUGUGAAGCGGAAGUGGAGCUGCUUGGAGGAGCUGGAGGCUGAGGUGGUCGCGGAAGCCACUAUUACGGAGGAAAAGGAGCAGAGUGGAAAGGAUGGCCAGGAAGACGAGGCCGGGCUUCUCAUUGACCCGUCCAAAUCGGUCAUGAGCCACCUGCAGCAGCGUCAGCGGGUGCUCGGCCUCUGCUUGGAGAAGCUCCAGCGUUAUCAGGCGGGGAUGGAGCUCAGCCUGCGCCGCUCCGUGCUGCUCAUCAAUACUCUCAGGCAGAUUCAGGAGGAAAUACGGAGUGACGGCGUGGGAACCUGCACCUCAGAUUCACGUCUCAGCAUCAGCGGCGUUCAUGCAGAUGACUCCUGUCUACUCAGGGACGAUUUCAGAGAGGACGUGCCUGUUACGUGCCCUGGGUGUGCCGAAGGAGAUGGGGAAAGCCUGUCUCUGUCUCCCCCACUGUCCCCCGAAUUCCCCUCUCAGGAGGCAAUUGACUUCCCCGACCAGCAGAAAUCUCUGCCCGCUGCAGCCAUCAGUACUUUCAGCGAUGCAGUAAAUGCCAUGGGCUACCUCAGCGACCUCGCCCUGGAUGAUAUCUUUGAGGACAUUGACACAUCGAUGUAUGAGACUUCAGAUCUGCCGUCGGCCUGGGCGGCAGGGUCUCUGUGGCCAGUCAGCGUGUCGCUAUGGCCGGACGAGGACGUGAAAUUACGUUCUUCCAGCCAUUCCUCAACGGGGAGCCUCCAGUCUUGUCUCGUGGACCUGAAUGACCUGGACCACAUCAUGGAGAUCCUGGUAAAGUCCUGAUCACCGAGAUGAACUUCUGAACAUUUCCUGUCUUUUUUUUAGGAGUUGCUCCGGUUGAAUUAGGGCUGACAAACUCUUUCUGAUGAACUCUGUCUUUUUUUUCCCUUUUUCUUUUUCUUUUAACGGUCUGUCUGAUAGUUUGACAGAAAAAUUUUCUCAAGGUUGAGCCAGUUUAAGGUGGAAUGAAACACUAAUUCUAAUAUGCACAUGCCUCUUAUGAGGACCUAGUUAUGCACCUAUGCUUGUGCCUCAAGAGAUAUGAAAUAUUUAUUAUAACAGAUGAAGAAUAACAUUCAGAGCGUCUUAUAAAGUUAGACAUCCAUGGUACAACUCUUUUGCACAGUUUUUAAUAGUUAUCAGUCCAAAACUGCUAUUGACAGGAAAAGUGAAGAUCGAAAACUUGACACAAUUUGUCAGUCGAGCAAAAAUGGAAAGAAAUUAUUUCUGUCUUUGUAUUUUAUUUAAUUUUCUUUAGUAUUUUUAUGCUGGGGUUUUGGGCUGUCAGAAAAGUAGCAAUUGAAGAGCUAAUUUAUGACAUUUUACUGGCAAACAAAACAAAAAUGGAAAAAAAGAUGUACCUUUUAUUUGUGUAACCAAUCAAUAUUAAUCAAAGAAUUUUAUUUUUUAGCUGAAACUUGGUAUAUAACAAUGCUACAAUCAGAAAGGCAUUUUAGAAGGGACAGGAAGACCUGGAAUCAAACCGGGCAGCGCUUUAGCUUUCCAGCUGGUUGUAUUAUGAGUAGGAGGUGAAUAAUCUCUACUAAGAGUAGAUCAGACAUGUUUAGACAAAGUUGGCACACCAAAAGUAUAUUGCAAAACUUGCAAGAGAAGUGUUGCAAUGGGUGGUACUGGACAUGAAAAACUGAUGGCAUACGGCAGUGUUUAAGGUGAAUUUUCCUGGACGUGGAUCCUCACGUUUCCAAGUAUUUGUCACUUUGCUCUCCUGCUUCUGUAACUGCAGCAGUCGUCAGAAGAAACCUGAGCUGCCGUGCUUCGUGCGGCACUCUGACUGUUAGAUCAGGUCUGGGUUGAUUAUUAAUUGAAAUCCCUUCAAUUACUUAAGAGGGCGUGCUUCUGCCAGCCAGGAGAGCCCAGGCCCGAGUUUCUUUUUUCAGUUGUAGGACCGAGCAACUCCUGUUGAUGAAAGAUGAAAGUCUUUGUGGCCGUACAGCAGUCAGAGCAUGGACUAUUUAUCUAUCUGUAUAUUUAUUUCCUUAGUAGAAAGGAGAAUGCAGCCGCUUGUGAGCACUAUAUUGAAGUUGUAUAGAAAGUGUGUGUGUGUGUGUGCGUGCGUGUGUGCGUGCGUGUGUGCGUGUGUGCGUGCGUGUGUGCGUGCAUGUGUGUGUGUGUGCGCUGGGGUGGGUGGGGGGUGUAGAGAGGACAUCUCAAUGCUCCAGUAUAGAAAGGGUAAAUUGUUUUUCUUGUUGCCUUUUUAUCUAAUUUUAUUUUUUAAUUGUGAAUGACAACUGAACAGCAAACCAUAUUACUGUUCUUUCUACAUAGAGUCUAUCGGUUAGGUGUGAGUGUAACUUAUAAUUAAGGUUCUUUCUAAUCUCGGACUGUCAGUGUUGAUGCACUUUGUGACACAAAAUGGGACAAACAGUCAGCACCUGUAUGACAAAUAAGAGUUUUUCCUUCUUGGCAGCUUUUUUUUUUUCUUAGUAUAGUAAAUCCAACAUGUCAUUAACUCAGCAUACAAUAUGUAUUUUUAAAUGGUAAUGUAAUCCCAGUCUGGUUCUGACUGAGGAGCCAAUUGCAUCAAGUCAAUGGUCAGGGCACCUUUGCCAUGUCUCAGAGUUUAACCUGAAAACAGAAGCCUUUGUAUUUUGAUGGGUUUUUUGUUUAUUUCAAUUUUUACACGCAAUGUGGGAGUUGAGCAGUUUUAUACGCGUUUCUACCUGAAACCAAUUUCCUGUCUAGUAGAGGAAAUCCAGUGAGUGAAAGGUCACAGGGAAUCUGACGCCUGACCUUCGCUGUUUGUGGUUUACUCCUGUUCUACCUCCUGAUGUCUGUCUGUCUGCCGGUUUACCUGGAACACUCCUGUUUUCACCCAGAGAGCCGUUGUGUGUUUGUCGCUGAUCGAAACGGUGUGGUUUAUAUCAUUUUAAUUGUGCUGAGAAUCUAACGCUCUCCUGUCAGACCAAAGUGAUCCGUCCUCAUCUCCAUCUCAUUUCAUGUUGACAACGUGCCUUACUACUGAUUCUAAUUUUCAACUGCGCUGACGUGUUGUGUCUGUGUGAGCUCGAGCUUCAUUGAUAUUUUUUGUUUUUUGUUCUGUUUUUUGUAAACCAAAGGACUGCAGAAAGGUGUUACGUAAAGCACUCAGAAGCCACGGCUGUCAUGGUUUCUUCCCUUUACUUGGCCUUUUUCUGUGCUCGCUGAACACUACAGGCAUAUGAGCUUAAUGUAUCCUGACGGGCUGACAGUGAACUAGCUGAGGGAGGAGGUGGCAGCCAGAGCCAGAAGGGGGAAAAUAAGAGGAGGAGGAGGAUGAGGACGUGGAGGAGGGUGGGAGGAAGCAGAUUGCGUCACAUGUUCAGUAGGAGGGGUUUGGAGCUUGUUUUGCCCAGACUAAGACUACAGACCAAUCACAUGAGAUGUACGAGCAGUGGACUGCUGCUCCAACAACAACUUGUUUUUGCUCCUGAUGCCUCUGCACAGACACAGUGUGAAUUGGCUGUUCUUCAGCCGGUGAAAUAAAACCACUUUUCUGUUUUUUAUAAAAUAAUUUUACAUAAUCUGUCUGACAGGAUUGAAUAUAAUAAGCAGGAGGUUGCAGUGUUAUUUAUAAUUGUGUGAAAGCACAGAGUGUCAGUAGGUUUUGCAAAGCACAAAGUGUAUGUUGUCAAUGCUGAACAUGAAAAACAACCCCCCCCCCUCCAAUGUAACUGAAGGAAGACUUUGUUCAGUGAAAAGAUGAUCGUUCAUAAUGUAUUGUAUUUGUUUUUGGAAUAUUUUAUAGAUUUUAUCCAACAAUAAAGAGAAAAUACUCUAA